CCUUCCCAGUUGAAGCUGGGCUCCUUCCCGCGAGCUCGGCGGUGGGUGGGCGCCUUUGAUUGCCUUUCGGGUGCGGGGAGGCUUGCCGCGAGGUGAGUUUCUCGGCUCCUGAGGAGGUGGCCCGGCGGCGGUUUUUUUUUUUUUUUUUUUUUUUUAAAAACAUUUUCUUCUUUCCCUCUCGCUCUCCAGCCGCACCGUCCCAGCCGGCCGGACUUGCAGGCACUUCCUGCAAGUGUGGCCGGCUGGGACGUUGCGGUUAGGGAGGCUGCUUCUCGAACCCAGCAGCGGCGAAGGGGGCGAGUUUGGGACGGAGAAAACCCGGGGCGGAGGGGAGAAAGAAACUCCGCCGGCGAGACUUUUGGGACUUUCCUCGAGAGUAAAGAAGAGUCGCAAGCCGCCCGGUUGCCGAAGAGGGACCGCGGGCGGGACGCGCGGCUGGCGGUGGAUCGAUCUCCAGUUCCCUCGGCUGGCUACGGCCCUCUUUUCAUGAAAUCUUUGAGUUUGCCAGUUGUUUGGGAUUAGUUACGAAAGAAGAAGAAGAAGAAGAAGAAAGGAGGAGGAGGAAGAAAAAGAAAAUCUUUAAACCAACGUCAUUUUAACUCGGGGGUUUGGCUGGAGUUGAAAAGAAGAGGGAGGAAAAAAAAAUCGCGCUCCCGAGCUCGUGUAUUGUUUUCCUUCGCCUCGCUUUCCUAAACUAACUCCGAAGAACUCUGUAAUUGGAUAACAAGAGUAAUAGGAUGACAUCCCUUGUAGAUCCCAGGAUUAAACUAGCUUUGAGGAAGAAACCAUCUGAAAGAAGUCAAGAGGAAUUAAAUACUAUCUAUUACUAUCUUCAUGGAAUGGAUAUAUUAUCUCAUCUCAGGGAGCAUCAGUUAAGAAUUAUGACUUCCAGUGCACGGUAUAAAAGAUAUGAUGGAAAUCAAGUUUUAUUUUGCUCUGAUACUAUUGCAAGAUGCUGGUAUAUUCUUCUUUCUGGAUCUGUGCUUAUGAAGGAUUCUAUGUUUUUGCCACCCUGCAGCUUUGGCAAGCAAUCUGGAGGAAAACGAGGUUGUGAAUGCAUUGUGUUGGAACCUUCAGAAAUGAUCGUGGUAGAUAAUUCAAAAGAGAAUGAAGACAAUAUCUUGCAGAGGGAAGUGCCUCUUCGACAAUCUCGCCGGAGGUUUCGGAAGAUUAAUCAGAGGGGAGAACGUCAGACCAUUACAGAUAAUGUGGAUGUUAGUAGCUACCUUUCCCUUCCAGCAGACCUUACCAAGAUGCAUCUCACAGAUAAUCAACAUCCGCAGGUGACACAUGUCCCUUCAAGUCAGUCUGGCUGCAGUAUUGCCAGUGAUUCUGGGAGUAGCAGUUUAUCAGACAUCUAUCAGGCUACAGAAAGUGAGAUGGGAGAUGUAGAUUUAACUGGUCUCCCAGAAGCGCCUGUAGAUUCUGAAGAUGAUGAAGAAGAAGAUGAAGACAUUGACAGAACAUCUGAUCCUCUGCUAGGGCGAGAUGUUGUUCGGGAGUGUCUUGAAAAAGAACCUGCUGACAAAACAGAUGAUGAUAUUGAACAAUUACUGGAAUUUAUGCAUCAGCUUCCAGCAUUUGCAAACAUGACUAUGUCAGUAAGAAGAGAACUUUGUUCUGUCAUGAUAUUUGAAGUGGUAGAGCAAGCAGGAGCCAUCAUCCUUGAAGAUGGGCAAGAACUUGAUUCUUGGUAUGUUAUUCUAAAUGGCACUGUGGAAAUUAGCUAUCCUGAUGGGAAAACAGAAAGCCUUUGUAUGGGAAAUAGUUUUGGAAUUACCCCAUCUCUGGAAAAGCAACACAUGAACGGUGUGGUUAGGACCAAAGUAGAUGAUUGCCAGUUUGUAUGUAUAGCCCAGCAGGACUACUGGCGUAUAUUAAACCAUGUUGAAAAAAAUACACAUAAAGUGGAGGAAGAAGGAGAAAUUGUUAUGGUGAAGGAGCAUAGAGAAUUAGACCGCAGUGGAACCAGAAAAGGACACAUUGUCAUUAAGGCUACACCUGAACGCCUCAUUAUGCAUUUAAUAGAAGAGCACUCUAUUGUGGAUCCAACUUACAUUGAAGACUUUUUAUUAACAUUCAGAACAUUUUUGUCAAGCCCUCUGGAAGUUGGAGACAAACUUUUAGAGUGGUUUCAGGUUGACAGUCUCAGGGACAAGGUUACUCGAGUUGUACUGCUAUGGGUGAAUAACCAUUUUAAUGAUUUUGAAGGAGAUCCAGCCAUGACAAGAUUUUUAGAAGAAUUUGAAAAACAUUUGGAAAAUGCGAAAAUGAAAGGACAUCUCAGGUUAUUAAACAUUGCAUGUGCCGCAAAAGCAAAGUGGAGACAAGUCACCUUGCAAAAGCCUUCUAGAGAUUCACCACUUUUCUUCAGUCUUCUUGGAGGAAGUGAAAAAGGUUUUGGUAUUUUUGUAGAGUCAGUGGAAUCAGGAAGCAAAGCAGCAGAAGCUGGGCUUAAACGUGGUGAUCAGGUAAUGGAAGUAAAUGGGCAAAACUUUGAGAACAUUACAUUUUCAAAAGCUACUGAAAUAUUGAGAAACAAUACUCAUCUUUCCAUCACUGUAAAAACAAAUAUUUUUGUAUUCAAAGAACUACUUAGUAGGAUAGGACAGGAGAAGAAUGGAGUUCCACAUAUUCCCAAAAUAGCAGAAAAGAAAAAUAAUCGUUACUCCAUCCCAGAUAUUCCUGGAGAUGUGGAACAAAUGUUUCCACGUGAGAAAGCAAACAAGAAAAUGAAAGCGAAUACUGUGUCUGGAGGAAGAAACAGAAUCAAGAAAAUUUUAGACAAGACACGAUUCAGUAUCUUGCCUCCAAAACUAUUCAGUGAUGGCAGUGUAAGCCAGUCACAAGAUGACAGCAUUGUGGGAACAAGACAGUGCAGACACAGUUUGGCAAUUAUGCCUAUUCCUGGCACUCUUUCAUCUAGCAGUCCUGAUCUCCUGCAACCCACAACUAGCAUGUUGGAUUUUUCAAAUCCUUCAGCAGUUGGCUUUUACUACAUUCCUGACCAGGUUAUAAGAGUCUUCAAAGCUGAUCAACAGAGUUGUUACAUUAUCAUCAGCAAAGACACCACAGCAAAAGAAGUUGUAAGCCACGCAGUACAUGAAUUCAAUUUGACAGGAACCCCAGAGACCUAUUCUCUGUGUGAAGUUUCUGUGAGCACUGAAGGAGUCAUCAAACAGAGAAGGCUUCCUGACCAGUUCUCAAAGUUAGCAGACCGAAUUCAGCUCAAUGGGAGGUAUUAUUUGAAAAAUAAUAUGGAAACAGAGACUCUGUGUUCAGAUGAAGAUGCUCAAGAAUUGCUAAGAGAGAGCCAGAUCUCACUUUUACAGCUGAGUACUAUUGAAGUGGCUACUCAGCUUUCAAUGAGAGACUUUGAAUUGUUUCGAAACAUUGAGCCUACCGAGUAUAUUGAUGAAUUAUAUAAGUUGUAUUCUAAAACAGGAAAUACUAACUUGAAACAAUUUGAGGAUGUUAUUAAUCAAGAAACGUUUUGGGUUGCUACGGAAAUUCUAUCUGAAACAAAUCAGCUGAAAAGGAUGAAGAUUGUAAAACAUUUUAUAAAAAUCGCUCUUCAUUGCAGAGAAUGCAAGAAUUUCAACUCUAUGUUUGCUGUUAUUAGUGGUCUUAAUCUGGCACCAGUGGCUCGACUCAGAGGUACAUGGGAAAAGUUACCAAGCAAAUAUGAAAAACACCUUAGAGAUCUUCAGGAUCUUUUUGAUCCAUCUAGGAACAUGGCAAAGUAUCGCAAUAUCCUUAGCAGUCAGAGCAUGCAGCCUCCAAUUAUUCCACUAUUCCCAGUGGUCAAGAAAGAUAUUACAUUUCUACACGAAGGAAAUGAUUCAAAGGUGGAUGGUUUGGUAAAUUUUGAGAAACUCAGAAUGAUUGCUAAAGAGAUACGCCAGGUGGUCAGAAUGACUUCUGCUAAUAUGGAUCCUGCUGUGAUGUUCAGACAAAGGAAGAAGAGGUGGAGGAGUUUGGGGUCACUGAGUCAGGGUAGCACAAAUUCAAACAUGUUGGAUGUUCAAGGAGGGGUUCACAAAAAACGUGCUCGGCGCAGCUCUCUUUUAAAUGCAAAGAAAUUGUAUGAAGAUGCUCAGAUGGCCAGGAAAGUCAAACAAUACCUAUCCAACCUAAACGUGGAAACAGAUGAAGAAAAAAUCCAGAUAAUGUCACUUCAGUGUGAGCCUACAUACAGCACUUUGACAAAAAAUUUAAGUGAAAGACGAGGUACAAAAGCAUCAGAGAUGUCUCCGAUGCCAUUGAGGUCCAUUGGCCAAACCACAAAAGCCCACUUACAUCAGCAAAACAGAAUGAGUCAAGUUCUUCAAGUUCCAGCAGUUAAUCUGUACCCCAUUCGGAAAAAAGGACCAGCAAAAGACCACGUUGCUUUUAGUGCAGGUUCUCCUCAAAAGUCACUUAGUUUAUCUGAGGAACCAAGCAAUAAAAAGCACACAGAAGAUGACAUGUCUGUGGCAUCAUCGUUGCAUUCUAGCCCUCCUGCUUCCCCUCAGGAAUCUCCACGCAAAGUUAGUAACUCACAGAGGUCUGAAAACUGCCAGCUUAAUCUGUCUGGUUCGUCUUCCUCUCUUGCAAGUGAAACAAGCAACAAGAACAGUGGACAUCGCAGCUAUGGAAUAGGAUAUGCCCUGAUCCCGUCUGCCAAAUCUGAGAAUUUUUCCGAUUCCAGCCAUAGUGAGAUCUCCUCACGAUCCAGCAUUGUCAGCAACUGUUCUGCUGACUCCAUGUCUGCAGCCCUUCAAGAUGAGAGGUGUCUCCCUCAGACGAUGGUGAUGGAUGCAGUUGGGGCAGGGGAAAGGAGAGAGCCCUUUCAGCCACCACUUGAAUACAACCAGACUUGCCCUGGUUUAAGCUGGCCGCUGCCUAGACCUCCAGUGAUCCGAGGGCUGCCUGUCCCAUCUUCCAUGAGUACCGAGGAAAUUUCUCAUGAGCACCUCACAAUAGAAGCAGCAGAUAGCGGCCGUGGAAGCUGGACCUCUUGUUCGAGUAAUUCUCAUGAUAAUUUUCAAAACAUACAGAACCAAAAGGGGUGGGACCUCUUAAACUCUUACCGCCAUGCUCAUUUAGAAAGGGCCAUUGCUGAAGUGGAGCCAUCCAGCUGCUGUCCUGAGGAGACUCAUUUGCAGUCACACAGCCAUUCAGAUGGUAGUCGGCAACUCAAAACUGGCAUGGACUUUGACCAGUCCCGGCACAGUUGGGCUUCGUCUACUUCCCUGUCAGACAUGCAUGAAACGAACUAUGGGACCAUAAAACGAAGAGGACUGGAGAGUUUAACAGCAGAGCAAAAUGAUGUUUUGGACGCUAAAACAGGCAGUGAUGCAGCUUACAAAACUGUCACUUCAAGUACAGAACAUGGCCUCAUAGUGUACUGUGUCACCUCAUCUAAGGAAGACACUAGAUAUAGGGAGCCACCGCCCACCCCUCCAGGAUAUAUGGGGAUUUCUUUAGCGGACAUAAAAGAAGGAUCCCACCACCCACACCUAAAGCCUCCAGACUAUAGUGUGGCGGUGCAGAGGUCAAAGAUGCUGUCUAGGCUCUCCUGCACUCCUCUGAGUAGCGAACCAGUGGCCUGUUUUCCAAAGAAGAUGCCUAAGUGGCAUGGCCGGCAACCGUCCCAUCCUAAGCUAGCAGAUAUGACUGGCGCAAAUAGUGAAGAGGAUGAAGAUGAACAAGUAUCAGCCGUCUAGUCUCUGUGCUUCCUGUGAAACUUGUUUCAAAAUUUACCAACAUUGGAGGAAGGAAUUUUACAGUAUUGUCAGCUAUAGCUGACAGCUUGCUGCUAUUGACUUCAAAGAAUUGUGUUUGCUCUCUUCAACUAGUAGGGUGAAUUAUCUGGAUUGUAAUUAUGAAUUUGCUUCAGCCCACUGCAAUCAGUUCGAUUGGAGACUUACGUUGAAAAGAGAAAUACUCAUUCUAAGAAAUACUGACCCUCUAUUGCAGUAUCAAGAAGGACCUAAUAUAUGAUAUGUGGAGGCCAACUUGGGAGCAAUCUUCUGUAGAAGAACUAUAGAAUCUUUUAAAUAGACUUUGUUCAGAUAUUUUCUCUAUAACUAUUAUGGCUCUCAAUUGAAGAAAGUUAUUUUAUGUACUUACCUGAAUUGGAAAACUACAUCAAAACUAAAGAAACUUCCUGCAACAAUCUGAAAAGUAAUUUAUUAAUUUGGAAUUUAUAUAAGGUUCUUUUUUUUUUUGUAAAAUAUUGGAAUGCUCUGGUUGGCUAAUGUGAAUGCUUUUGCAAAGAAAAUAAGGAAGCAAAUUGUUUAGGUGUUAGUGUGAUGUCUUAUGCUAAGCAAAAAAAAUUCUGAGGAACUGGAUGUUCAUGAAUGCAGCUAGAGGUUUAUACACAGUGGCCAUGUCAAACUGUAAAAUAUCAAAUCCUCAGAAGUAUAUAUUGAGUGUGAUUUGAUGUGCAUACAAUAGUGAAAUACUGCCAUCUACUGAUUCUAUAUUUUAAAACCAGUGAAAUACACACAGUUUCUUUCAGCUGCCAAAUGAUCACUAUAAGGGAGUAGUUGCAUUUUUUCCCCUUUCCUACAUUCCCUUUUCUUCCCCCUUGUCUAUAAAUAGUUUCAUGGCACAUUUGUAUCAUUACAAAUGUUUUUUUUCCUUCUACAAGACUUGCAUUGGAAAAGUAUCCAACAGGUUCCAUUUUUUUUAGAAAUUAGCCUAAAAUUUUCAAACUUGCAAAUUUAGGAGCAAAGACAUAGAAGUAAAAAGGCCAUUAGAUGAUGGUAGUGUUGGUGAUACUGAUGAUAGUAAAGCCUGUAUUUUAUUUCGGACUUCCAAUUUUAUUUGAAACUUUUCCCAUUCCGUAAGAGCAGUUUGGUUGUAAGACACCCCCCCCACUUAAAAAAGUUGUUCAUAGAUUUUUGUUUAUGAAAUCCAAGAAGAGUUCUGGCAUUUGAAAAAAAUGGUAAUUCUCAGUCUAUGACAGACACAAAAAGGCAAAGAAUUUUGCAGAUUUGAAACGAAAGGCAUUUUUCAACAUUUUAAGCCAUUGAUGACUUUACUAUGGCAUUUGGGCUACUGUUCUUGUUGCCAAAAAUAAUGUAUAACAGCUUGUAUAUCAAAUUUUCUCUAUAUAUUGUCUUCUCAAUGUAUUUGGGUGGAAACUCCUUGCAUUCCAACCAGAAAGUUAAAAAAUAUGAAAUAUGAAUAUCUAAAAUGUGAUUACAAAUCUGAACAUAGAAGGGAAUGGACAACCCAUCUAAUUCAAGAAUUAUUAAUGGAAUAUAUUUUGCUAAUUAACCUUAAAUGUUUAGAAUGAAUAGCUAAGAUAUCAAAACUCUUCUUUUAUUUCCCCCAAGAACAACCAACAAUGAGAACAUACUAAAGCUUGACAUCCAUGAUUUCAACAUUUAUAACAAUGUUAUGUUAUGGACAAUUGAGAGUUAAACUUCCCUGCACAUGUCAUCUACAAAGUCCCAAGUAAUAGAUUCCCACUGAUUCAGCGACUUUAAAGUACAUUGGAGAUGAAUAAUCUUCCAGAUCCCCAUGUGACGUCCCAAUAAAUUGCCAUGUUGAGGAAAAUCGCUCUGGAUCAACCCAGAUUUUACCACGAACAUAUUGAAUGCUUCAAAUAUAGUUGUACAUAUCUGACAACUUGUAAAAUGAAGCAUAUUAUCUGUUGCCACCACAGUCACCUACCGGUGUCACUUACUCACCCCCGUAAGCACAUUUUUAAAAAGAGAACAAGACAAGUCUUAGGUAUGCUGUUGCUCUAAGCUUUUUUGGGGGGGGGGGGGUGGGGGGGGGUGAAACUUCAGUACUUCUUAUUCUCAAGUGCCUGGUAUAAUUACAAGGUGGAAUUUAUUCUCUUAUCUCAAGCUCGUAUGCUGGAUUUUGGAAAUGCCCAACAAAUGUGACUUCAAAUCACACUUUAAAAUCCAGUGAAGCUGCAGGCAAUUCUAGUUCCACACCACAUGUCCCUGGAAGAGAUGCUGUCCUGCAGGGUGGGGUGAUUACAAAGGUGCUAUUUACAGAGAAAGAUGAUUCCGUGACUCAUAUAUAUAAUGCACAUUUGCAUGUGUAUUAUGCAAAAUAAAAAAAAAAUGAAAGACUGGGAUGACAUGGCAGCUUUACUUAGCCAACCAGAGUACAUAGCAAAAACUGGAGUUAUUAUUUGUGUUUUUAUUCUUCCCCUACUGCAUAAUGGUUGCCUAGUCAAACAUAAUCAGUGGACAUGAAUGUCUCAAUGUAUAUUUAAAGUUUACUUGUAAACCUUAAUAUCAUAAAUGUUUACAGUCUAGGGUAGAAGGAAGGAUGUCUGUCUGUCUUCAAGGUGCCUCAAAUCAAUUCUAUAUUUUACACUUCAAGUUAUAGAGUUUUCAGAUUUACAUUUCUGUGCAAGGUGAAUGUUGCUUGUAUGUACAAGAAUCAAAAUUUUCUAUCUGCAUAUGAGAUCAGUGAUAGCUUUCCCAGAAAGCCUAUGUGAAAUAUACUUGUCUGUUGCAUAGUUCUAAAUUUAAUGGAGAACUCCUUCAAUGCCUUGUAACAUGAAAUUGCAAAUCUGAACAUAGAACUGAUAACCUAACUCAUCAAUUAAUUACAGAAUAUAUGUUACUACUUAAAUGUCUGGAAUAAAUAGCUGAGACAUCAGGGCUCUCUUCUCUCUGUCUCUCUCUCUCCCCCCCGUCCCGAAGACCUUAAGGAAACUAACAAUGAUAAAAUACUGAAGCUUGGCUUCCAUGAUUUUAGCAUUCAUAAUAAUGUUACGAAUAAUGGCACAACAGAGUUGAAAUUUUCCUGCACACAAACCACCACAUAUUUCAUUGUAGUACCAUUCCCAUUGUUUCAUAGGUUUGUGAAAAAUGUCUCUCUUUUUUGAUGGAUCGUUUCCUAGAAACCCAUAACAGAGAUAGGAAGGCAUUUGUAUAGCACCUGUUAAAGUUUUUUUACUGGAGCUGAUGUCCAACCAAAUAGAUGUGCUGUUAUUCUGUUUAAAAGUGUUUGAUGAACAUGGAUGUCUGUGGUAUGGACAUGCCUUCUGCCGGAUAGUCCUGGGCUGCCAAAGAAAGAAGUUACGCGUGUCAAAACUAAAGUUUUCAAUCUGAGUCCUGAGCUCUCCGAGAGUCCAGUUCACACAACGUUUCAUGCAGUUUAUAAGUGCAAACUUAACUUUAAACUUUCUAAAUAAUAUAGUGCUAAGGGCCAACAUUAUAGCAUUUCUCUAAUUUCAAAUAUUUCAGUUUAUAGAUACAAAACAUUUUUUACGCCUUUUCUCUUUGGUAGUAAUUUUUGUUAAAUUACCAACCCACCUCGAGGUCUUUCCUUGUUGAAAAUCUCAUGAGCCAAAAAUUGCCCUCUUAAAUUUGAUGUAUCAAUGGCAUCAAAGAGGUUUGCUUUUAAAAUUACAUUAUUUUUAAAAUCACUGGGCGUCUUUUAAUACGUUUUUUAAAAAAUGCAGAGCCUGUAGAGUGUAAAUAUGCAGCGGGUCAGCGAGCCCUUUUAACUGCUUCCUCUUUGCACAGUGCAAACUGCCUCAGCCUGUCCUUGCUCUGAUCCUUUGGAGUUUUGGUUUGGUUUUUGCCAGAUGAAUAAUCAGGGACAGUAGCCAAACUGAAAUGGAGCUUGGGUGAACCCAAGGAGAUAGAUUUCUUUUUUUUUUUUUAAGCCGUUCAUUAUAAAACUGCUUAACCCCAUUUUGUGCUGUUUACAUAAUGCUUAUUCGUUAUAUAACAACAUAUUACUAGCAUGUGCUGCCUUCCCUCCAUACACAUUACGUGUCAAAAAAUUUUCAAGUUCUUGAAAGGGCCAAUUCUUCUCUGUAUAUAACAUUUAUUCUUUUUAAAUUGUAUUGUGAGGAAGUUGGCCUUAUGCUAAAAGCGCAAUAGGAAUGUUUAAAAAUCUCAAACGUGGAACAAGCAUCAGUUUUUAAUUUACACGAAUAGAAGGAAAAGGAAGCCCUGUAUCGUAAUAUGUAAGUAGGCCUGUACAUAAUUUGCCAUUUGAUUCCUCUUUGAGACAGGAUUUAUAUUGAAGAUAAACUAAGUCGUGAAAGGAGGCAUAAUACUGAGCUACGUUUUCCAAAGUGGUGAUUUGUAAGGUGCACUUCGGUUACCUUGACACACAGUGUCAUCUAAGGUAAAUUAAAAAGGUUUUAAUUUCACUUGAAUAAGUACAUGGCCAGCGUUUGUCUUCUAAAGUUAAGAAAAUUUUGCACUAAUGCUGAAAUAGCUGAGUCUCACUUCAGCUUUUGAAACACUUCUUGAGAUAUGAUCCUGCUGCACAGCUGAGGCGAUUCCAGAUGAUGAGUAAUGGAUUUUCAAUAAGAAUCCAUUAUGUCAAUGUAUCUCAGGAGGUAAAUGAAAGAAGCUUGAUCUCUUCAGCCUUGCAUUCAUACAAAUAAUGUAUAGGAAAGAGUGCUACAGGUCCAUGUCAUGCAUAUUACCUGAAAUGCAAUUUUAAAAACGUUGCACUUGCCUUCCAAAAACUAAUCAGGAAAAAAAACACACUUCUUCAUUGAUUGAAAUGUUUAAUGCCAACAAUUUAAACUCUGAAAUAGAAAACGAAUUUCACCUCCAGUUCAUUCCUUUCCCUUUUCCUCCAGUUGUCAUUGUUGUGUCUUUAAUUUCUUUAUAUAUACAUGGAAUGCAGUUUAGCUUGGUAAUUCAUGACAUUUUGCGUAUGUGAGCAUAUGGGCAAAAACUGCACAGUUGUAAUGGUAUUCCAAUGGCAAUUGUAAAACUGCACAAAUCAGUGAUUGUAAAGUAUUCUGUAACAAGCAAUGUUUGUCUUCUAUUUUUUUAUACCUCUUACACUUAUGUCUUUUAGAAAGACAGUGCCUCUGUAUGCUUUUUUGUAUUUUUACUGGGUGAUUGUAAAUAUUUGUUAUAUUUUUGGUUAAGAGAAUGUUUAAAAGUAUUGUUUAAUAUCCAAUCUACUAAUGAUGUUGGAACCAAUAAACAAACUUAUCAUGGA